UAUUACAGCUGUUUUUCAAAAUCAUACAAUUUUAGUAAUUUGUAAUCAGAAUUGAAAAAAUUAUGAAUAUCGGAUUAAAAUUGGUUGCCAAUCUGCGAUAUGGAAUUUCAAAGCAUUUCGUCCGAAACACAUGCAAAAUUGCUGUGGAGGUAGAACCGAAUCUUAUUGAAAAAUUAGAGAAUGAAGAGAUGAAAGCGAGGCAUCAUCCUGGUAUAGCAAAAAUUGGAAAAGUUGAGCUACCCUUAAACCUGCGCCAUGCUUUGGAACGUGUCAUUGGAGAUUAUCCGAUAAAAACCUUGUUGAAAGAUUGCAAACAGCUAGAUCAAUAUAUAGGUUCCCGACAUCCUCCGGCUAAACAGGAGGAAAUAAAUUUGAAAAUGAAAUUAAUUAUGGAAGAAGUUGAUCGUCGCAUGCCGCCGGAGAAGUUGUCUUUACUAGGAGAAGAAAGCGCUGUUCAUUGGAGGAGUAAACGGGAAAAGUUAAUAAAACGAUUAGUGGCACAACGAAAUUAUUCAUGGAAGCCGAUUGAAUAUGGUUCAUAUGAAUCUUUGGUUUACGCAAUUGGCCGUGGUGCAAAGGAGUAUAGUGUACUAACAAGUAUAUUAAAUGAAAUACGAGUGCGUGAUGAAUCGUUCCAACCUAGAAGUUACUUUGAUUUUGGUGCGGGCGUGGGCACUGGUAUGUGGGCGGCCAGUAAUUUGUGGAAAGACACAAUAUUUGAGUAUUACAAUGUUGAUAGUUCCCGCCAUAUGAAUGAUCUAUCGGAAUUAAUAUUACGUGAAGGUAAUGAAAAUCAACAAAUAUUACUUCGCAAUGUUUACUACAGACAGUUUCUACCUGCCAUAGAGACUUUGUAUGAUUUGGUUGUAUUGUCAUAUACUCUUUUUGAGCUACCGAACAUAGAAAGUCGCAAAGAUGUGAUACUGAACUUGUGGAAGAAAUGCAGUGGUUAUAUGGUCAUUAUCGAAGAAGGUACUAGACGCGGAAGUCAGUUAAUUAAUGAAGCUCGAGAUUUUAUUUUGAACCUUAACAGCGUGGAAUUAAAGGGAGAAGUUUUUGCACCGUGUUCCCAUAACUUAACAUGUCCUCGGCUUUCCAAUAAUGAUGAUAGAACGCCUUGUAAUUUUGAAGUAGGAUACGUCCCUUUGCAUUUGGGAGAUGUAAAAAACGAUCGACAAACUGCUCGUUAUUCUUACGUUGUUUUCAAGAAAGGCAAGAUAUCAGAUCCAACUCGCAAGUGGCCAAGGUUAGUACGACCGACGUUAUUGCGUUCCAAACAUAUAAUAUGUAGGAUGUGUACAGAAGAUGCGAAGUUGCAAGAAGUCAUAUUUACACAUUCUAAACAUGGAAGACAUGCCUAUCGAUGUGCCAAGGCUAGUGAUUGGGGUGACAGGUUACCAAUAAAAUUGGGCGAUCAAUUACCAACAAUAAGAAAAACAUUAAAGACUAAUGGAGAAAAUGAAUAAAUUAUAAAAUUUUAUGUAUGUUACGUUUAAGUAAAAGAAAACUCAGAAAAUAGAAAAUUGAGAAUUUAAUGUUGCUGCUUUAGCGGG